AACAUUUCUUGCCGGAGCUCCGUCACUCCUUCUCUUCUUAAACCACCAAAACCCUCUUUUUUGCUGAGCUUUUAGGAAAGUAUCUCGGAAAUGGCCAUCGGGCGUCUGCUUUCGCCCAAAUCAACUCCGCAUUUCAACAGCAAAGGUUUCAUACCUGUAACGAGGAGGUUGUUUUCUUCUUCCCUGGAGGAUGGCCGGAAAUUUCAGAGUUUGCCGGAUUCUAACGCUUCCGCUAACAAAGAUGUUUGUGAAAAGCGAAUGCAUUGGUACUCUUUGGGAGGCUUACUGACUAAUCUAAAGCAAAAGAUUACGGGGAACAUGCUCUUAUUCAACAAAACUCCACCUCAAGACUCGGUUUCGCUGAAACCACCCAUGGUUUCCUCAGUAGAUGUGACUGUUACUAAGGUGGUCAGCUUGCAGAAUGUUUCACAAAACAAAAACUCUAUCCCUCCGAGUGUAAAGGAAGAAUCUUUAGCCUCUGAAAUGGGAUCUCAAGACGCAUCUCAGAGUGUAAAGGAGGAAUCUUUAGUCUCUGAAAUGGGAUCUCAAGACGUAUCUCAAAGUGAUUCUGGUAAGAGAGAAAGUGCAUCUGUAAAUAAAGAGAGUUUAGAUAGAAAUAGUAGCAUAGACGGUUUGAAGGUCGAACAGGAGACUGUGUUGAGGUUGAUACAAGCUGAAAGAGUGGAUCUCCCUGAGGAACAAAGUUAUAAAGAUGUCUCUGUAGGUUUGUUGAGUGAAGAAGCAUGGAAAAGUCAGGGGAAGUUGCAGCCUGAGAAAGAGCAAUCCGAUCAAAAGAAACCACCUCAGAAUACACUCUCGAACAUGUUUGUAAACCAGGAUCCAGAUAAGGAGGUUAAGCUUCGUCCGAGAUUUGAGGCAUUGAGUAACAGUAACUCCAGUUUGUCUACAGGAGAAUCCUGUAGUGAUGCGGGUGAUCAACACGGCCUAAUCGGUAAGAUUUCGUCUGAUCCUGUCCAGAGAAUGGAAAAUGAUAAACACAGUGAUAUAUUUCGUGCGAAGGAGGAAGAAGAAUCCAAGAAGGGAACUUCAGUGAUGCAAAACCAGUCAUUGUGCAGUCAGGCCACCUUAGAUGCUGCUGCUGCUGCUACCACUGCGAAUCCAGAGUUAACAGAAAAGAGUUCGGUCGCAAUAUCUAUUGGAGAGCAAUCUCCUAACAAAGUAUUGCUAAGGUUUUUACAUGGAAGAUUCGAUAAGCAACUCAUUGUUGAAAUUUUUUCCAAGUUUGGAGCCAUUUUGGAUGUACAAAAAAUUCCCUCUUUCGAGGGGUGCAUUUACACAGAUGCUCUCUUGACUUUUGAGACUAACUCGGCAGCCGAGAAGGCUCUCAAGAAAGGUGUCGUGAUGGUGAGCCAUUACAGUGCGAUUAUUGAGGCAGUAUCUCAGCAAGACAUGGUAGAAAAAAUAUGCAUCCCGGAUCUAAUCGGAGAUCAAGAUGUGCCUGUUGCGUUGGUGAAGGAACCAACAAGAACAGUCAAGAUUCAUCCGCUGAGGGGCGAUAUAAGUUCAAAUGAGAUCAAAGAAGCGCUAAGGUUCUGUGGGAGCGACAUAUCUAAGUUCAUCAUGGGUUCAUCAAAGACAGCUGCUUUCUUGGAGUUUGAGACGGAAGAAGGCAAAGAGAGAGCACUUGCAGAGCACUCAAUUAGCGUAUUGAACAGACAAUUGUUCAUCUCUAGGAUUGAUAUACCGAGGACAACCGUUGCAAGGAUUUCAAACAUAAACUCAGCGUGGGGUGGCAUACGGAAACUGUGUGUAACUUACGGACAGAUCAACCAGGUGAUUCCGAGAGGAAACGGUAUUGCAGAUGUGCGUUUCGAUGUCUCUGAGUGGCCAAACAUGCUCACCAUUCUCAACGGAUUGAAUGGUAAGGAGAUAGAUGGUAAGAAGUUGGUGGUUCGACCAGCAACAACAGUCAUACCUCAUGAGAUUCUCAAGGCUUUGUGGGAAGACCCUCAAGGCAAAAGAUAUGUGAAAGGUUUGUUUCAAAAGCUGGUGAGAGAGAUUGAACAGCCUUUAGAUGCAACCAGUAGACAUACGCAUGUUCCAAAUAAAGGGGUCAUCUUCUGGUUAUCCGUUGACUUACAACUUCUACAUCCAAUAAUCAUCAGCCACGUAUGCAGCUGCAAGUUGAACAUGACCUCACCGAUGAAGGGUCUAUUGAAAGGGUUGAGGUACAUUGCUCGUAUCUUCGAGGAUGAGAAAGAACCAGAGAUGCAAAUUGGAAAACCUACCGAUGUCAAACACGUUGCUCAUAUAGGAUGGGAAGGGCCUUCUGCUACGACCCCAAGCUGGAUGCAUGAGUAUAAGUCUCCAAUGGGUGAGGCAAAAGGAAGUUCCAACAAGAAACCUGCGAGUUCCGGGGAGAGGCAAAGGAACAAAGGGAGGCGUAAAGCAUCCACAGGGACAAACAACUCGCCUGCAGAGUCUCCAACAAGGGCAGGAGGAUCAACAAGGCCAUCAAGACGCGGCACGGGUAAACAAAGAGAGCAGAGCAACGGUUCAGGAUCAGAAACAGGCUCAGCGUUAGAUUUACCACAGCAGAAUGAUGGACCGAAACAAUCGAGGCAGAGAAAGUCAAAAGCGUCGACAACAGGAGGAGGAGCAGGCGGUGAACCUGCUCCUCCUAAUUCUGUUGGACCUGGAAAGUCGAAGGAGACUGAUAUAUCGGUGCGUGCUGUUUAUCCAUGUGUGGGUGGUCUUGGGAGUUCUACAGGGAGAUGAGAGAUGAGAAGAAAGAGAGUUUGUUUUCUUCAAGUUUAGACUAGAGUGGGUGGUUUUGCUUUUCUUCUCAUAAUCUACACACUUUUGUCUUUUUCUCUCCCUUCUGUUGGAGAUGUCUUUGCAUAAACAAGACCAAUGUAUUUUUUUUUUAUUAAGCGAUUUGGGUCGAGAUGAGAGAACCCUUUGAUGAUUAUGGUGAAUAAGGGA